CUCAUCUCUCUCUUACUAAACAGGAUCUUGCAGCAGCUGGAAUAUACCACAAAGAGUGUCUACACAGUUUGGCUAAAGAAGAGAUAACAGUCACUUCAGAUAAGUAGCAGAAACAUUUCUUAAGCAUAUUUACCUGAUGCUGUUACAUAUUUAGUGCAACACUGUCAAAUAAAAUAUUGAAGUAAGAAAAUAAGACAGAUAUUCCAGGCACAGAAAAUGCACCUACUUAGGAACAGAAAAUGUGAAAAAAGAGGUACGUGUAGCAUUCUUGAAACCUCGUGUGGCAUACAUGCCAGUUAGAUUCAAAGUGAAUAAUGCACAAAAAUAUAAUUCCACAUCAAAAUAUGGGCUUGUACUCUUGACAUGGAUAUUUUUUCCUUAUAUCUUGACUGCAUGCUAGUAAGUAGUUUACUCUGCAUGUGUCAAGUGGUCAGUCAGAAGUAACAGUUAAGUAUAGGAGAGAAGAUAUAAAAUGAUUGCAAAUGAUAUUUAUCAAUGCAGUUUAAUCUAAAUUCCAAGGAUAAAAACAGAAGAAAACAAUGGAAUUGCUAGUUACUCUGGCUUAAAGUAAAACAUUUGUGUACACAUAACUGUCCUGUAUUAAGCUUUUGCUGAUCUCUAAUUUUACACAUUCUGCUGUGACAGGUCUCUAGUCUAAUACAGCAGACAGUUCCAGUAGAAUAAAUUAUUUCAAGCUUACAAGCAGUUUUGCAACUUUUGAUGGAUGAUCCUAACGCCCUCAAAUGAGAACAGAGAAAUAAUAAACUGGGUACAGUGUUGGGCCUACAGGUAUCUAAAACACCCUGACCUUCAGAAUUUCUGCUAGGACCGGUGUCUUCUUAAAACAACAUCCACCAAUUCAAAUGAGUCAAGUGUUCAUUUACAUUUCUUCAUUUCUUUUAGGUGACUGUAUAAGUACCUUCUGAGCUUCAACUAAGAUCUGCUUUCUGAACAAAAGAGCACAAAUGUAAAAUAUCACAAAAUAAGGACUUUAUGUGACCUGUAGAUCACAAGGAUUCACAUGAACACUUCCCUCUGAAAUCUCGCAACAGGAUGAACAGGAGUAACAGCCUAUUUCAGUAUUCCUUUUCAGCCAUAUCUUGGAGAUUAAUUUCUAUCCAUUUCCCAGUUUGGAAAUUAAAAAACAAAGUUUUCAAAUUACUUCAACAUGUUCCUUGUCAGUGCAGUGUGGCUGAAUUUUUUCCUACAACUUCUACAUUUUUCCACGCCAAACAUCAAGGGUGUGGAGAAGGGCAUACUGCCCUUUAUAUUUCAGGACACACACCAGCUAACAAACAGUGAUCUUGAACUGAGGGGCGCACGUGCGCGUGCGCUCUCUCUCUCUUUCUCUGUAUUCAUCUUCUAGAGUUUCUGCCCUAAAAACCAUAUAGCAGGUCAGCAACCUACUUAUGCUCUGCAGUGUAAGUUCUGAAAACAAAUGAUGGAGAGCAGAAGUAGGUACAAGUCAGGGAGCAUGCACAUUAAUACAAGAAGAGGAUGUAGAAGAAAAAAGGGAGGUGCAAACAGUUCUAUAUUUCCAAAAAGUAUUCAUUGCCUCACAGAGAGCCACAGACCCUGACUGAGGAAACAUCUUAAUUCUUCCUUCUCUCAGGAUUUGAGGCUGUAAGAAUGGAGUCCCUCUCAGCAUCAAUCAGCAGCUUCACUCUGGACCUUUACAAAAAGCUGAAUGAAACUUCCAAGGGCAAAAACAUUUUCUUUUCCCCUUGGAGUAUUGCAACUGCUCUCGCCAUGGUCUAUCUAGGUGCAAAAGGCGACACUGCAACCCAGAUGGCUGAGGUUCUUCAUUUUCACCAGAGUGCAAGAGAAGAAGGUUCUUCUGAGAUGACAACGCCUUCUCGCAGGAGACCAAAGAAAAGGAGGAUGGAUCCUGAGCACAAACAAGCUGAAGGCAUCCACUCCGGAUUCAAAGAGCUCCUGGCUGCCAUCAACAAACCCAGAAACACCUAUUUGCUGAGAAGUGCCAACCGACUCUAUGAGGAAAAGACCUACCCAUUAGUGCCUAAGUUCAUACAGCUCGUUAAAAGGUAUUAUAAAGCAAAGCCACAAGUCGUAAACUUUAAGACAGAUGCAGAACAAGCCAGAAAGCAGAUCAAUUCCUGGGUUGAAAAUGAAACUGAGAGAAAAAUCCAGGACCUGCUGCUUACAGGAUCUCUUGAUUCUCACACUGUGUUGAUCUUGGUAAAUGCCAUUUAUUUCAAAGGAAACUGGGAAAAGAAAUUUUUGGAGGAAAAUACUUCUGAACAACCCUUCAGAAUGAGCAAGACCAAGUCUAAACCAGUACAGAUGAUGUUUCUGAGAGAGUCAUUUUUGAUGCUGCACGUAACAACCAUGAAAUUCAAAAUCAUUGAGCUGCCAUAUGUGAAAAAUGAACUCAGCAUGUUCGUUCUCCUACCAGAUGACAUCAGUGAUAACACUACUGGUCUGGAGCUGCUGGAAAGAGAGCUGACCUAUGAGAAACUGGCUGAAUGGACCAGACUAGACAAUAUGAUAAAAGCUGAAGUGGAGCUGUACCUGCCCAAGUUGAAGCUGGAAGAGAAUUAUGACCUUAAAUCCACUUUGCGCAGUUUGGGAAUACGAGAUGCUUUUGACCCAGUUCAGGCUGAUUUCACAGGGAUGUCAGUGAAGAAAGAUCUUUUCAUCUCAAAAGUUAUUCACAAAGCUUUUGUGGAGGUCAGUGAGGAAGGUACUGAGGCAGCAGCUGCCACAGGUGUCCUGGUGACAAGAACAAGUGCAAUGACUGCCACAUUUAAAGCCGACCACCCUUUCCUUUUCUUCAUCAGACACAACAAAUCCCAAACCAUCCUCUUCUUUGGCAGACUCUGCUCACCCUAGACAGAGUUACACUCUGCCCUGCAGAGCAGGAGAUGCUUGCUUGCCAGCUGCGAGAUGAAUACCAAAGCUGAAGCUCCCCCUGUAGCUGGGAGGGAGGCAGACCUGUUCCCCAUCAUGCCACACACCUCAGGAUGGGCAGCAUGGCUUCGCCUGUGCUUCUCUCCUACCUCGAGGGGACAGUCCUCCACUGCAACGCCUGCAGCAGUGCAAAAUGCCUUGCACUGACAGAGCAGUCCUGGCCAGUAUUUCAGUCAGGCCAUCCAGGAUAGUUCUGUCUCCUAUCCACUAUUAGCUAUGGGCAUUUCUAUCCCUUCCUUUCACUGCAAUAUGUUAACAUAGGCCCUGUUCUCACCCUCAUGACUGGAGCCCAUGAUUCGAAUGUGAGUCUUAACACCUACUACUACUCCACCUGAGACGCUGCCCAAGCUCCUGUUUAACACUUUAUUAGCUCCUUGCAUUACACCUGCCGGCACACCAUCUAAGGAAGGGUGACAACCCUGUAGCUACCAUAUGCCUUGCUUACAAAGCAAUGGCAUAAGACUGAAUCAGCUCUGAAUUUCACAUCAGUUAGCUUCACGCUUAUUUUUACAGAUUCCCUUCAUAUAUAUGUAUGUAUGUAUGUAUGUAUAUAUAUGCACUUCCAUUAGGUCUGUUUACCUCACUGAGAGCCUCAGGCACACGAGGACACGCCAGAACUGUGCAGGCCCUGGCCUCCAGACAGCGAACAGCCUGCCUGUGUUUGCAACAAAACCCCUUUUAAUAAAUAAACAAACAAACA